AGUGGAGUUCCUAUACACUAGUAUGUUACGUGACAAUGCACGUGUACGGCCCGGUGAACGAGCUAACACGUAAUUCCUUGUGAACCUGAAUAUAUAUAUAUAUAUACGGGUCAUGACUUUGUACACUACGGUUCGUUUACUGUAUGCUUGUUGUGAAGUUGCGUUCCUACCAAUUUAAAGACACUUAUUUUUGUCCCACCGGUAUGUAACCUGGGUCUGUACUAGUUCGGAACUACAGUACAGAGUUCGCUCUACUCGGAGGUGUCCUAGGCUAGGGAAUUCACACGACAAACAUCCCUGCAUGCCCUGAUAAGACUCAGCAAGGAGAAAAAAUGUCAUUGCAAGUGGCUGUGGUAACGGGCGCAAACAAAGGCAUCGGUCUGGAAAUCGUGAGAUCACUAUGCCGCCAUUUUGGACAAGAUGGCGUCGUUUACCUGACGGCGCGCAAUGAAGGGCGUGGCCUAGCAGCCGUAGAGCUCCUUCAGAAAGAGGGACUCAAUCCCAGGUUCCAUCUUCUUGACGUCACUGACCAGAGUAGUAUCGAUACACUUAGGGAUCACCUGGAGAAAGAACAUGGCGGACUCGAUGUGCUUAUCAACAAUGCUGGCAUUGGUACACCUAAAGAAAACAUUUCGCUGUCCGAGAAGUCAUCACGGGUGAUGAACACGAACUUCUUUGGACUUCUGAACGUCUGUCGGAGUCUCUUUCCUUUGGUUCGUUCCUGCGGAAGAAUUGUGAAUAUGGCAAGCACGACAGGUUACAUGGUGUUUAGGGGUCAAAUAAAUGAUGAAGUCAGGAACAGAUUCAGACAGGUUGAAGAAGAGCAGGACGUUGCGGAUCUCAUGAAUGAAUUUCUAGAGUGCUGCAAAACUGAAUGCAACACGGAAAGGGGGUGGUGCGAGUGGUCUUAUGGAGUUGGUAAACUCGGUGUCAUCUUACUUUCCAAGAUUCAGGCUGAUAGAAUAUCACAGGAUGAUUCCAAGCACGGUAUACUACUCAAUUCGUGUUGUCCUGGAUUCGUGCUUACCGACAUGACGUCAGACCUCCCGGACAACAACUUCGGAGGUAUCAGGGUUUCUACCGUAGAGGGCGCCGAUACCCCUGUUUUCCUUGCUCUGCUACCUUCCAAAGCAACGGAACCAAACGGAAAGUUCUUAUUAAAAAGGAAAGAAUAUGACUUUGUGAACACCGACGUGUUAAUGCAGAUAUGAACAUUAGACUUUAUAGAUCAUGGGGAAUUCAUGUUAAAACGCCUUAUUUACAAUAACUACUCCGAUAUGAAGGCUACUAUGUUUCAGGUUCAUAUGUCCUCGUUUUGUGCUCCAUCAUCACAGUAUUUCUGUCAGUCUAUUGUGGGAUACCAGUCGACGACCGUCAGCAUAGGAAGCGACGUCUAAAGGCCACCACACACCUUGCGACUGUCUGCGACCCGAUUUUUUUAAUUUUUAAUAAAACGUCGUUUAUACAUUUAAUACGAAUUAUGUUGAUAAGGAAAUUUUACUGUGCAAAGUCAUUAGCCAUCGUACAAAUAUAUUUUGUUCAAAUUCAUAACUAUGUUUAUGACACUCUCCAUAUAUCUCAAUGAGGUCAUAAAGCACUCAUAGUUAUGAUCGGCUAUGAUUUGAAAUAAAUUUUGCCUUUUCUCCAAAAUAAACGCUGGCAAUUUUAUUAUCCAAAUUGUCGAUAUAUUUGUAUUCUUACAGUUUAUAUUUUUAACCUGAAAUAAACAAAUAUAUAUUCAAUCAUA